AAGCGCCUCCAUUCUCCAACGAAUACUCUGGCAGUUGCAGAGAGAAAACUAUCAACCGACGCACUCACGCCGGCGGUUAUUUCACCGGAAAACGUUGCCGGAAAACACAGGUCCGGCAUGUCCUCACAUCCACAUCUCAUAAUAUAACCACACAUCAUCUUCGUUUGCAUCUAAACAAUCACUAAAAUUUGUCGACACGACACGACGCUAAGUGUGAACAGGCUAUUUCGGGGGAGAACGUUAUAUUGUUGUAGAGAUGUCUUCGAGUAGCAUUUAGCUGAGAUGAAGAACAAUCAGGAGUCCCUGGAUACACCAGAAACACAUGAGUCUCAAAGUGACAGACAUAAUAAUGCAACAGAAGCUCGUGUUCCUGACUCUGGGUCGAUCUCUAUUUCAAGCAAUGACAACAGAAAAGUUUCCCGGGAGGAUAUUGAACUUGUCCAAAACUUGAUAGAACGCUGUUUGCAGCUGUACAUGAAUAGAGAUGAGGUGGUGAAAACUCUACUAAAUCGUGCAAGGAUUGAUCCUGGCUUUACAACUCUAGUAUGGCAAAAACUGGAGGAGGAGAAUGCAGAUUUUUUCAGAGCGUAUUACAUACGGUUAAAACUGAAGAAGCAGAUCAUUCUUUUCAAUCAUUUACUUGAGCAUCAAUAUCACCUUACAAAGUAUCCCAUGGCUCCAAAGCUACCAGUGGCCCCCAUACACAACGGGAUCCAUCCCAUGCCAGUUAACAAUAUGCCGAUGGGAUACCCCGUUAUACCACAACCUCAAAUGGCAACUGCAGGUCAACCUCAUAUGGAUUCCAUGGGUAUGUCUAGCUGUCAUGUGGUCAAUGGAGUGCCUGCUCCCAGUAACUUCCAACCCAUGCAUAUGAACUCCGGAAACGAUAUGGUAAUGGACAACAGUGCACCUGGUGUGACACCUAUUCCAGCUAACGGGCCAAUUUCACCCAUAUCCGAUAUGCCAAUGAGUCCUACAUCAGUGGCAUCCAGUGGUCAUUUUCCUUUUACUGCAUCUGAACUAUCGGGAAUGGGUGCUGACACAUCAGCACUUGACACGGGAUUUACGUCUGAUGUGGCAACUUCAGUAGGAUUGCAUCUACUACCAGAUAAUGGAAAUUCUCGAUCUCUUGGUCAAAUCCCUUGGAAUUUCAGUCUUUCCGAUCUAACCGCAGACUUGUCAAACCUCGGAGAUCUAGGAGCUCUUGGAAACUAUCCUGGUUCACCGUUUCUGCCUUCUGAUUCAGAUAUAUUGCUUGAUUCUCCCGAGCAAGAUGACAUCGUGGACGAGUUCUUUGUUGAUUCCAUUCCUAGACCACCAUGCUCACAGUCUGAUGAAGAUAAGUCCUAGUUUAGGUUUAAAAUGUUUCUAUUUCAAGAAACUUUUAGGAAAAAAAGAAAAGAAAAGAUAAUAUAAGGGUCUGGUUAUUUUGGACCGUUGGAUGAAAUAUAUUAUGUUGAUCAUUUCAUUUGUUGUAAUUUUAGCAUAUAUCACGGAUACAGAAUCUUGGUAAUAUAAGAUUCUUAAAUAAUGUAUCAAUGGUCAAAUCUUUUGCACAGGGCUUGAGUCCCUUUUUGCAAUGCAUGGACAAAUAGCAAUGCAUCUUGUACAAUAAAUAUAAUAUAAUUAUAAUAAUAAUACUACUAAUAAUAAUAGUUAUUACUAUUAUCAUUAUUUUAUUUUUUGUGGUUACUGUAAAAUACGAAUACCUUCACCCACAAAAUAACCAAAACUGGGUAUGCUAGGGCUGGCAAUUUCAGACACAGACACGAUAACAUGACACAAAACGACACGACCUUAACAUGUUCGUGUUUGACCCUUAACAUGUUUCGUGUCUUAAACAGGUCGACACGAUAAGACCUAUUAGUUUUCGUGUUGUGUUCGUGUUUUCCUAUUUCGUGUUUGUGUCUUAACAGGUCGUGUCUGAUAUGAUAUGCCAGCCUAAGACUCCACACACCACCCCUCCGGGGCGAGUUUGUGUCUUAACAGGCCGUGUUCGUGUCUUAACAGGUUAUGCUCGUGUCAUAACAAGUUGUAUGAUAAGUUUGUAAAAAAAAAAUUCGUGUCUUAACAGGUCGUGUGACCUGCUUAUUAUCAACUUCGUGUUUGUUUUUGGAAAAACAGACACGAUAAGAUUUCGUGUCGUGUUCGUGUUUAUCUGUUUGGUGUUCGUGUCUUAACAGGUCGUGUCUGACAUGAUAUGUUAGCCCUCGGGUAUGCUAUAUUGAACAAAUGUAAAUAUAGAGAAGUUUUAUUAGAAUUCAUUUUAUAAGAGAGAAAGAAGGCAACAUGUAAUUAAUUCUGUAUUGAACAUGAUUCACUAAUUUGUGGUUUAGCUUUUGGA